AUGUCCAUUCGAAAUCUCGAAAUUCAGCUGGGACAAAUUGCGGGUGAGCUCAAAAAUAGACCACAAGGAACGUUGCCGAGCUCAACGGAGCUUCCUAACAAUGCUGGGGGAACCGGGAAGGAACAAUGCUUAGCAGUCUCCUUGCUAAGUGACAAAAUGACUGCGGAAGUAGGGGAGGAGCCUAUCGCGACCAACUUGAAUGCAGUGACAAUUGAGGACCCGUUGACUUAUAAUUCGAAAAAGCCCGAGAAAAUGAACCCCGAAGUUGCGUCCACCAUUAAGCUUUCAGAACAUGAGACAGAAGAAGUCCAGUGGAUCAAAACAUUUGGGACUUUUAAUAUGCUUGGUUCCGUCCAAGAAAUCACAGCUUAUUCUGAUGCUAAUUGGGCAUCUAACAUUGACGAUCAGAAAUAUGUUGCUGCUUACUGUGUAUUUCUUGGAAAUAUCCUCGUGUCUUGGUCAUCUAAAAAGAAAACUGUAGUAGCCCGCUCAAGCACUGAGUCAGAGUAUUGCGCCUUUACUCAUGCUACAGCUGAAAUCACGUUGCUUCGUUAG